CUUCCUACAAUCUUUUUGUUGUCUUCGAUAAUCUCCUCAACAAACCUGGACGACAAGCCUCACUACCUUACCUGAAGUCUUGCUCCGGUCUUGUAGAUAUCUUUUCGUUGCAGCUUUGCAACUGCCUAUAUAACAAUUCUUUGGGGGCUCACAAGCUCCUGCACAUUUCCUUACCAUGAAGUUCCUCAGCACAACUCUUUUCCUUCUGGGUAUAAUGUCCCAGCCUAUCCUCGCAGAGUUCUCUUUCACCUCCACAGCCGAACACAAUGGUGUUCCAGUGCCGCAGUCCGAAAUUAAUAUCCAGCCGUUCGAGUCAGGUACCCUUGGCCGAAUCAGGAGCCGUACCGGUGAUGAUUCGGGCCCAAAGAUAGGGACCACGACCCUGAGACGGGUCAAGAGAACCAAUCCUACUGCUAACAGCAAUAACUGGUGUGGUUCUGUACGCACUACAACGUCAAGCAACCAGAUAAAGCUCAUCCACGGGACCUUUCAGCAUCCCACCUGCACCCAGCGGCCCGGUGUCACUCAGUAUCCCCAGGCGGCAGCGGCUUGGAUUGGCAUUGAUGGUGAUUCGUGGACUUCGGCUUUGCUGCAGGCUGGGACGGUUUGCAAGAUCAAUAACUCUACGGGAAUUGUCGAGAACGAAGUUUGGUGGCAAUGGGUUCCCAGUGGAAGCUACACGAUUACCAACGUUCCCGUCUUUGCUGGUGAUUGGAUUGAUAUCACCAUCAAUACGACCUCCUCCACAGCAGCGAACAUAAAAAUCGUAAACACCAACCGCGGCUACACCCACACCAUCAACGCCUCCACCGGCGCCACCCUCGCCCGCGUCGACGCCGACUGGGUCGUCGAGCGCCCCUACUACGGGACCACCCUGGCGGGCUUUGCGCAGUUCACUCAGGUCUGGUUCCAGAAUGCAUAUGCGACGCUCACGAGUGGGACCAGCUUGGGCAUUACGGGUGCGAAGCAGUACCAGAUUCCGGGCGGGUGCGCGAGCACGGAGUUUGAUAAUUCGAAGCUGUACGCUGCUGUUGCGCCUUAGGAAGGGGUGGGUGGUGAAGAUGGGGGGAGGGCAAUGGCGCCUUGUAUGUGUUUAACUGUCAAGCGUAUCUAGGCAGUCGUGCUUGCUAC